CCUCAUUUUCCUACUUUAUUUAUUUUUGCCCUUCUGAAUUCCCCCACUUUCAAUUUAGGGUUUUCUCUUUUAACCAGGGCUUAGCUUAUUUCUCACUCCCUCUCUCUCUCUGAGCAAAUCUCUGUGAAAUUGCAGUGGCAAACCUGUGGCAGCUGCUGCAGUUUGUCACUUUCUUUGAACUUUGGAGAAGCAAAGAUUUAGCAAUUUUCUUGGAACAUCUUCCACACAGGCUAAAAGAGCCAAUCAUCAUCUUCAUCUUCAUCUUCAAGCUCCAUCAAUGGCUUCCUCCAGUUCGUACAAUUCCCCCUGCGCCGCCUGCAAAUUCCUGCGGCGGAAAUGCAUGUCGGGUUGCAUCUUCGCGCCGUACUUCCCGCCGGAGGAGCCUCAGAAAUUCGCCAACGUCCACAAGAUCUUCGGCGCCAGCAACGUCUCGAAGCUUCUGAACGAGCUCCUCCCCCACCAGCGCGAGGACGCCGUCAAUUCCCUCGCCUACGAGGCGGAGGCGCGUGUGCGCGACCCCGUCUACGGCUGCGUCGGCGCCAUAACUUUCCUCCAGCGACAGGUCGAUCGUCUCCAGAAGGAGCUCGACGCCGCCAACGCCGAUCUCUUCCGCUACGCCUACAACGGUAUGCACGCCGCCGCCGACGCUGCGCCGCCGCCGCCGAAUCCGCCGAACAGAAGGAUCGGCCACGACGUCGGCGGCGGCGGUGGGGCAUUUUAUCAAACACCUUAUGCACCGUACCCUUACAAUUACCACUCCCCAUGGAAUGAUGGUUACAACAAUCCUCACGGAGGUCUUUGAGGUCAAAAUUAAAGUUCGAUUUCCAAAAAAAUCAGAUCUUGAUUAUGAUCGCCAUUGAUCAUCUUCUUCACCAGUCUAGGGUUUGUGUCUCUCUAUGGAAAAAUUAAGAAGCAUUUCCUUUUUACCUUUGGAAUUUGGUAAGAACUUCUAUCCAUGGCUACCUCUCUCUCUCUACAUAUAUAUAUAUAUAGAUA